UGAUAAGGACAAAUCGCAUGGAGUGUUUACGUCCACACAGGCACAAGGAUGAUUUUCUAUAAAAAGGUAAAACUUUGGGGAGCGAGUUGUAUACGUCGCCAGCAGCUAACCAUGAUGGGUCCUCAAUCUUCGCUCCUAUUCCUCGCCGUGGGACUCGUCGCCACAACAGGCGUGGCUUCGAAGGACCCUCUGCUGGGUAUCAACCUGGCGUCCGGCGCGUCGGCCACCGUCAACAUUGGCACGGACUUACUACCAGGCCUAACAAGCAACGCGAAUGUUUUUGUCGGCCUGUGCGGCCGGUCGACGUGCUGCGUAGUUAGGCUGUCUGGCUACUACAACGGCCACCCUGGGAGGGUGGACACCAUCCUCAGUGAUUACAACAGCCUGUUUUCGCCAAGCUAUUGGAGUUAUGUGCAACAGGAGACGGACAAUACAAAACUGUCCUACUGGCUCCCCGAGAACGACACGGCCGUCCUCACCGUCUCCAACAACCACCAGACCUUCAAAGUCCAGAUGGCCGACGGCCUCUUCGGCAGGUCCUCGCGGUCGGUGACGGUGCAGUGUCGCCCGGACGAGACUCAGCUCCUCGUCCAGUCCGCCGGGGUGGGCAGUCACCAGAUCUUCAACAGGGAGGCAGAGCCGAAGCAGCUGAGAGGACCGAUGCUGACUUCCGGUGAUCAGGUCACCCUGUCGGUGCGCGUGCCCGCCAGCGGGUACAGCGCCUCGCUGUACGUGGGCUUGUGCACGGACCACGAGUGCGCCACCGUGGUCAUCUCGACCCCCUCCAGCGCGGGAAGCGGGAACCUCGCCUUCGGCAGCGGCAUCACCGUCUCCAACAACCCGACUGACGACUUUUCCGUCACUUACCAGUCAACGCCAGGGCGGGAGGCGUGGUCCUCGUCGGAGUACGACUUCUCGGUGGCGCUCCACCCCGACGGCCUCCUCCAGGUCUGGAUGCGGACCGACACCGUGGCGCAGGUGCCGCUGCCGGACGGCUGGAGCGGCCUGAGCCAGGGCCUCGUGCUCAAGGCCCAGCACUCGUACGGCACGCUCAGCUACUCCAGGGAAGGUGCGCUGGGGCCCAGAGCUCUGUGUGUGUGUGUGUUUUCAGGUACGAAGAGCAGGAGCGAGCUCCCCGCCCCCCGCUUCCCCGCGCCCAUCAGCUUCAGCGCGAAGCAACGCCGCACGGACUUCGCAGCGCCAUCCGCCGUGGAGCCGUCGUUCUUGAGCAAAUAACCAGUUGGGGUCGCUUCCCCAACACAGGGGCUGAGUGUGACGUCACGCACCUGACACCUGCACCGCCAACAAUCAUCACUGUACACUAGCAUCCGCACAUCCUUUCACCCAUCACAGAAAACAAAUAAAAUGGAACCUCCA